GCGUCGCCGCGCGGGGCAGUGAUGGCGGCGGCGGGGCCGGGGGCGGCGGGCGCUGCCCGCGUCUCCAGCGGCCGCGACCUCAGCUGCGUCCCGGAGGUGGCGGGGGCCCUGGGGGCCGUGGCCCGGCAGGGGUUCGACUUUCUGUGCCUGCCGCUCUUCCACCCCCGGCACCGGCGGGAGUUCGGCCUGGAGCCGGCGCGGGGCCGGCCCGGACCCCAGACGCGCUCCGAUCUCCUGCUCUCCGGACGCGACUGGAACACCCUCAUCGUGGGGAAGCUCUCGCCCUGGAUCCGGCCCGACUCCCCGCUGGAUCACGUCCGCAGGAACUCGGAGGCUGCCAUGUUGCAGGAGCUGAAUUUCGGGGCGUACCUGGGGCUCCCCGCUUUCCUGCUGCCCCUGACGCAGGCGGAGAACCCCAACCUGGCACGGGUGCUCUGCGCCCAUCUCCACACCGGCCACCACAGCGCCAUGUUCUGGGUGCGGGUGCCCCUCCUGGCCCCCGAGGACGUGCGGGACGACCUGAUCGGGAACGAAGCGGUGCCCGAGGGGGGGCCCGAGGGGGCGGCCGAGGAGAAAACCUGGCUUUGGUGGCACAAUUUCCGCACCCUCUGCGACUACAAUAAGAGAGUGGGGGUUGCCCUGGAGGUGGGGGCGGACCUGCCGUCGGGGGCGGCCAUCGACCGGUCUGGGGAGCCGGUGAAGGCGGCCAUCCUCCCCACCAGCAUCUUCCUCACCAACAAGAAAGGCUUCCCCGUCCUCUCCCGCCUCCACCAGCGCCUCGUUUUCCGCCUUCUCAAGCUGGAGGUGCAGGUGGUGGUGGCCGGAGCCCCCCGGCACGGGGGGAAGCCGCUGGGCGCCUACCUGCAGUACCUGGAGCACCUGGGCCAGCACCGGCCCCCCCCCUCCGCCUACGAGCUCUUCGCCCGCGGCUACGAGGACUACCUCCAGUCCCCCCUGCAGCCCUUGAUGGACAACCUGGAGUCCCAGACCUACGAGGUGUUCGAGAAAGACCCAAUCAAAUACUCCCAGUACCAGCAGGCCAUCUAUAAGUGCUUGCUAGAUCGCGUCCCCGAGGAGGAGAAGGAUACCAACGUCCAGGUGGUGAUGGUGCUGGGAGCCGGGCGGGGGCCGCUGGUGAACGCCACGCUGCGGGCGGCGCGGCAGGCGGCCCGGCGCGUCCGUAUCUACGCCGUGGAGAAGAACCCCAACGCCGUCGUCACGUUGGAGAGCUGGCAGUACGAGGAGUGGGGGGCGCAGGUGACGGUGGUCCCCCGGGACAUGCGGGAGUGGCGAGCGCCCGAGGGGGCCGACCUGGUGGUCUCGGAGCUUCUGGGCUCCUUCGCCGACAACGAGCUCUCGCCCGAGUGCCUCGACGGGGCCCAGCACUGCCUCAAGGCGGAUGGGGUGAGCAUCCCCUGCACCUACACCUCCUUCCUGGCGCCCAUCUCCUCCUCCAAACUCUACAACGAGGUGCGGGCCUGCCGCGAGCGCGACCGCGACCCCGAGGCGCAGUUCGAGAUGCCCUAUGUCGUGCGGCUCCACAACUUCCACCAGCUGGCCCCGCCCCAGCCCUGCUUCUCCUUCCAGCACCCCAACCCAGACCCCACCCCAGGACAACAGCCGCUACCCGCCGCUUGUCCCUUCCGGGUGGAGGUGAACACCGUCCUCCAUGGCUUUGCCGGCUACUUCGAGACCACGCUCUACGGUGACAUCACACUCAGUAUCCGCCCCGAGACGCACUCACCGGGGAUGUUCUCCUGGUUCCCCAUCUUCUUCCCCAUCAAGCAACCGCUGGCGGUGCGGGCGGGCGAGGAGGUGUCGGUGGCCUUUUGGCGCUGCGCCACGCCCAAGAAGGUGUGGUACGAGUGGGCGGUCACCUCCCCCGCCUGUUCCGCCCUCCACAACCCCACCGGCCGCUCCUACACCAUCGGCCUCUGAGGGACGACACCGCAAUAAAGGCCUUGACUUUA